AUGAAGAACUCUUCAAGUUCUAACGACAUUUCUCCCAACGUACUAAUAAAAUCCGAACCAUCAAACGGAAUUAACAAUUCUGAGAAUAUAUUUUCGUCACCAAACUCGGCAAAUGGCAUUCCUACAGGAAACGUGAGCAAACGCCCAGCAUCUUUAGACUUAAAGAACACAAAUAAAAAACGGAUUAUUACUCCAUCUCCGCUUGUUAUUGAGUCUCCAUCUGAAAACCACCAAAAACCCCCACCCUUAACAACUCCGGAUCUUGACAAAUUACUUCAUUUUCUACCUACACCACAACCUGGAUCGAUUUUCCAAACAAAAACUGGUGCAGUUACCUCGGAGCAGGAGGCCUUUGGCAAAGGUUUUGAGGAAGCUUUACACAGUCUACAUAGUAGCAAUAAUAAACAAAUCCAAGUUAGCAGGACAAACUGUGGAAGUGAUUCAAUACCAACUUCUUUAAAUUCAGUAACCACAAACGCGAACAUUGGUACUGGAAUGAGUGGUGGUUCAUUUACAUAUACGGAGCUUGAUUCAUUUAACUCAAUUCCUAUUAAGGACGAGCCUCAACAUGCUUCAACAUCACCUCCUGUUAGCCCGAUAGAUAUGGAGACACAAGAGAAAAUAAAGUUAGAGCGUAAACGGCAAAGAAAUAGAGUAGCAGCUUCCAAAUGUCGAAAACGAAAACUUGAACGAAUUUCUAAGCUUGAAGAAAAGGUGAAAAUGUUAAAAGGAGAGAACUCGGAUCUUGCGUCAAUAGUUAAAAGUUUGAAAGAACACGUUGCACAAUUGAAGCAACAGGUUAUAGAACAUAUUGAAUCUGGUUGUAGUAUUCAAACUAUGUGUACAAAUGGAACUAUAUUGCUUCAGAAUAAAUAA